AUGGACGACUUUUCUGGUCUCGAUGACAUCCAGAGAAGAUGCAAAUUGGCCAAAAAAACAAAUGCAAUAGUUGAAAAGGUCAAAUUUUUUUCAAACGCGGCGUAUUUCCUUCUGUUGUAUCACGAUUUUGAGGUUGCCCGCGAGGCCCAAAGACGCGAAGAAGAAAUUAUAAAUGAAGCAGAAGUCGAAGCAGAUGAAUGUUAUGAGCUGGAUACCCAGUACCCUGAUUGCUACUACAGGGCAUCUUUCACUUUUAAUCUUGAGGCUCUUAAACCAUCAAGGAUUUGGGAAGAAUUUCGCUUUACAAGGAAACAGAUCUAUCAUUUAUCAGAACUUCUUGGGUUGAAUGAUCCAGACAUCACAGGAGAGUUUGAAUUCAGGCGCCCUCCUUUAGAAUGCUUUUGUAUGCUUCUUGGAAGGCUAGCAGUUCCCAGAAGACUUAUAGAUAUGACAGAGAUUUUUGCGGAAGAUAAGACUGUAAUGUCUCGGUGUGUAUUAGAGUGUGCAAGAUUUAUUUACCGUAGAUUCAGAUACCUCUUGUCAAUUGGAGAUUAUGAAAUCCCAGCAAAAAGAUUAAAUAUACUACAGGAGCUAGGAUGCAAGGACCAAGACUAUUAUGACAAUCUCCUGUUCUUUCUUGACGGGACAGUGAUACAAGUUAAUAAGCCAGUCCAUGGUGGAGAUGUAUUGUAUAAUGGUCAUAAACAUUUUCAUGCUUUGAAGUACCAAGUGCUUCUUGGUACCGAUGAUAUUGUUUAUUCCUUGGAAGGCCCUGCCGUUGGGCCUGCUCAUGAUAGUAGGCACACUAUAGGGGUCCAUUUGGAAGAACGAAUCAUAGAAGCUGCACCAGGAUGUUGUGUUUAUGGAGACGAAGCUUACAAGGGUACCGAUGUCAUGAGGAAACCCUUUAACAAAUUACAACUACAUAGAGUUCCAAAAACACAUCCCCAUUUAAGUCCUGAAGAAUGUGAGAAACUAAUAGAAGAUUUAAAGUUACAUAAUGUGACCAUGGCGAAGGCUCGUGUUAGAAUUGAAAAUCAUUUCGCAAAGAUCAACCAACAAUUCAACCUUUUCAAAUUGACUAACAAGAAUCGUCUUGGACUGACACCUGUUGGUAUACUAUACUUCUGUGCAGUGUUUUUAACUAAUAUCAGAACUAUAUUACGCAGAAGAGAUCUAUCAGUGAGACAAUAUCUUUCUUGGAGGAGAGUUGGUAAUGAUAUUGCUGCAGAUAACAGUUCACUUGAUGAAGAAAAUAGUGAAGAGGAGGAUGAUUUGGAAUGGUUGUGA